AUGUACGCUGCUAGAAUUUCGAGAACUGCUGGCUCCAGAGCCGCCGCUGCUAUGUCCAAGAGAGCACUCUCUGGCCUCACUAGAUCUGUGAGACCAACCUUGCCAAAGACCCAGGUUGCUGGUGUCAGAGGAAUCAAGAAGAUCAACUUUGGUGGUGUCGAGGAAAUCGUCCACGAGAGAGCCGACUGGCCAAGAGAGAAGUUGCUCGAGUACUUCAAGAACGACACUCUUGCUUUGAUCGGAUACGGAUCCCAAGGUUACGGUCAAGGUUUGAACCUGAGAGACAACGGUUUGAACGUGAUCAUUGGUGUUAGAAAGAACGGUGCUUCCUGGAAGGCCGCUAUCGAGGACGGAUGGGUUCCUGGUGAGAACCUGUUUGAUGUUUCCGAGGCCAUCCAGAAGGGAACCAUCAUCAUGAACUUGCUUUCUGACGCUGCUCAGUCCGAGACCUGGGCCGACGUCAAGCCACUCUUGACCGAGGGUAAGACUCUUUACUUCUCCCACGGUUUCUCCCCAGUCUUCAAGGAAUUGACCAAGGUUGUUCCUCCUUCUAAUAUCGAUGUCAUCUUGGCUGCUCCAAAGGGUUCUGGUAGAACCGUGAGAUCUCUUUUCAAGGAGGGAAGAGGUAUCAACUCUUCUUACGCCGUCUGGAACGACGUCAGCGGUAAGGCUGAAGAGAAGGCCAUCGCAUUGGCCGUUGCCAUUGGAUCUGGUUACGUUUACCAAACCACCUUUGAGAGAGAAGUCAACUCCGACUUGUACGGUGAGAGAGGAUGUUUGAUGGGAGGUAUCCACGGUAUGUUCCUUGCUCAAUACGAAGUUCUGAGAGAGAACGGCCACAGCCCAUCCGAAGCUUUCAACGAGACUGUCGAGGAGGCCACCCAAUCUCUUUACCCAUUGAUUGGAAAAUACGGUAUGGACUACAUGUACGAUGCUUGUUCCACCACCGCCAGAAGAGGUGCUCUGGACUGGUACCCAGUCUUCAAGGACGCUUUGAAGCCAGUUUUCCAAAAAUUGUACGCUUCCGUGAAGGACGGAUCCGAGACCCAGAGAUCUUUGGACUUCAACUCGCAACCUGACUACAGAGAGAAAUUGGAGGGUGAGUUGCAAACCAUCAGAAACAUGGAGAUCUGGAAGGUUGGAAAAGAGGUGAGAAAGUUGAGACCAGAAAACAACUGA